GUUGUUGGGGUGAUGAGUGGAAGAAGUUCCUCCUUCUCCACCCGAUGCACCUUCGGCAGCUGCCGCCGAUCUCGCCUGCGCCUGUCUUUCCCUGCCGCGCUCCCGCUCCCUAGCCCGCGCCUGGGCAUAUCCGUAAGGCAGGUAAACCCUAAUUGGCUGAAACAUGUCAUUUGGGUUCCCCAUGGCUGAAAAAAGGAUAAAAGCCAACGGGUUCCAGAUGUGUCUCUGGGAGUCCGACAGGAGUGCAGGCAAACUUUCCACAUUUGAUCUCAUUCCACGAAAUCCUCGCUGCCACCGUCACUGGAGGACUGAGGAAUGGACCGUGUGCUGCUGCUGGUAGUGAUGGUGUGCUGGACACUGUCAGGGGUCAGUCCUCAGUGUGACAUGGUCAACAUCUCUGUCCCCUUGGAGAGAGAGGAGUGUGGAAAAUGCAUCAUGAUCGAUGUAACCUCCUGUGCAGGCUUCUGCCUCACUCAGGAUCAUGCGUACAAAAGCUCCCUAACCCCACACGUGCAGCACUCCUGCAGCUUCUCAGAAGUUACCUACAAGACGGUGCACUUGCCCGACUGCCCAGAGGGAGUGGACCCCACUGUCACCUACCCAGUUCCCCUCAGCUGCAAGUGCCACCAGUGCAGCGUGGAAAGCACAGACUGCAGCAGCUUCCACAUGCUGACCUGCCAAACCCACUAGGCAGUGUUUCAGAAGAAGCACAGUAAGAAAGGGACCUUGGUGCAGCAAGAAAUAAUGACUUUUUUCCCUUUAACGUGAAUCUGUGAACCUUAGGAGAUUAAACAGAUUUUAUUACUGCA